AUGUAGACACAACUAGUUAUUGAAGAUAAUCUUUUAUUCAAAAUUUCUCCUUAAACUCAGUAUCUCUUAACGAUCGAUAGCAUUAAUAAAAUAACUAUUUACUUUAGCUAUCCUAAAUAUUAAAUUAACAUCAAGUUUAUUUCACCAAUAUAAGAUCCAAUUUUAUAAGUUGAUAUAGAAAAGUCGAUAAUACAUCAGACUUUAUGA